CUCUUGACCUCUGGUUACACAGCUCAUUUGGCCGCCCUGCUAUCCGGUCACCCUGCAUCCCGACAAGCAUCCAGCUGCAUCAGCAUUUCGCCGCACUUUCUAACCUAUGAGUUAUCCACCCCUGCCAGCACCGUUCGCACAUGUCCAGCGCAACCAGUCGUUCCUUCACGGUCUCCGUUGAAUUCCGGGAAGCGUUUCUCAUUCAGCUCGGGUACAACCUAG